AGCACUCUGGGCAGUGCAAUGGUAUGUCUUAUGUAUGAAUUCUGGUUGAGACGGAGUGUGCGCGCCGGAAAUACGUUGGUUCCUAAGAAAAGCAGACGUUGUCUAUAUGUGUGACGUGUGUUGUCCGCUGAGAUGGCUUGCUGUUUGUCUGAAGAGGCAAAGGAGCAAAGGCGAAUAAAUCUAGCAAUCGAGAAGGAGCUGAGAAGAGACAAGAGGAACUCCAAAAAGGAACUGAAGCUGCUGUUGCUAGGGACUGGUGAGUCAGGCAAGUCUACGUUUAUCAAGCAGAUGAGAAUCAUUCACGGUCAGGGCUACACAGACUCAGACAGAGCAAAGUUCAAACCUUUGGUCUUCCAAAAUAUCUACAUGGCAAUGGAGAACAUUCUGGCAGCCAUGGACGUGCUUCAGAUUUCUUUUCAAAAUUCAGAAAAUGAGGUCAGCUGA